AUCGCAGGAAACAAUUUCUAUCGUUGAGGUAUUAACUAUUUUUAGCUUCUUCUUAAAAUAGAAUAACUGUAAAAUUACGAAUUUCUUGAGAAAUGUUAUGGGAAGAUAAAGUAAUUUUGUCAACUCUCAAGAAGCGAGCAUUUCGGAAAGAUUUACGUGACCAGCUGAAAAUAUUCGAAGAAGAAAUCAGGAAGGAACGAGCAUUUGGCGCACCUAAAAACGCCUUCAAACAUUCCAGUUUCGUGAGGAAGUCAUGCUCGCAGGAUACUACUGAUCCAGAGGAAGUUACGCACAAAACUACUACAGCUGGAAUCACAAAUGGAGCGGGAGAAGACUUAGCUGAGAAGCAACCGGACCUAAAUGUUGUGCAAGAAAUGCUGUUCACUGAUGGUGCACUGGACAUGGAGAAGCUACUAUGUCUGCACCUCCUGGCCAAACAGAGCUUCAUCAAUCGCAUCCGCAGGACGCAAGUACCAUUCCAGCUGCCUCGGCGGGAGAAACGCGCUCGUGGCAACGCUACUGGAACUGACCAGGGUCCGCCAUUAUCAGAGGCAGACUUGUCAGCGCGAUCACCUGGCGGCCGCUACGCCGUGGACCUCAGCUCCAUCUCUUUCUUGUCGAAAAAGGUGCACAUCGCUCCGUCCCAGCCUGCCAUCAGCGUUAAGAACAGGAAGAAGACGCUGCCACAGGUAUGUUCAGUCAACGGUUGCUGCGGGCGGCCAGAGGAAUAUCUGGAGCGAAUGGUGGACAGCGUUCUAGAGGCACUGUGUGAAUCAAAUCCUACCAAGCUGUGUACAUUACUGCAGAUGGAGCGUGAUGAAGCUAUGCUGAGUCGUGUGCUCAGUAGCCAUAAGGUGCAAUGGUUUAUGCAACAGGUAUGUGGCCGGGAUAUGAGAUGUAGAAAGAGCCAGCCGAUGCGUGGCGCCAAGAGUGUGUCUGAGCUAUUGAGGUUGGAGCGAGCACAACAGCUGACCGCUGAGCGACAGCUGUCACCUGAAGACAUGCUCAAGGUGAGCCAGAAACUGCGUAAUGCUGGUUUCCGGAUUGACCUGCUUGAGGACAUCGAGAACAUCAUUGAUGUGCUGUGGCAUGCAGAGAUUGCCAACAGAAAAUCAGAGAGUGACAUGACAUCAGAUGUGGAGUCAAGAAAGCGGACGCCAUCUGUGACAUCUUACUCGACUAGUGAUAGUCUGUCAACACAGCUCCCUCCAGAAUGUGCAGAGCUGGCAGCAGCCAAGAAGAUCUCAUGCAACCUUGAGCAAAAGGCAAGAGAGCAGUUUGUAUGGCAACAGCAGGAGCAGCAGCAGACACCAUCUCUGCUGAGCAGGCUGAGUGCAGUCAUGUCCACACACAGUGGUGAUCUGCACCAAAAGGUAAAAGCAGAUGUUUCACAUGCAGAGGCCAUCAGCAGUGGAGAGACAACUGGUACAUUCCUGCAGUGUGCAGGCAGUGCAACACACCAAGGUACACCGAUAACAUAUUCUUCUUAAAAUAAGGAAUAAAAGUGCUUUUCUUCAUCUUUUGUUACUGAAAUGAGAUAAAUUCUCUAAUGGACAAUAAAUAAAUGAUAGCAUAUGGAAAAGACAAACAUUGCAAUUAAUAAAUCUCAAAUCAUACUAUGUUUUUUGGACUGGGACUGCUUAAGGAUUAUUCCAACACAGGUUUCCGACA